GUAUUUUUGGUUUUCAUUUGUUUCUGUCUAAAGUGACGAGCUUUUUGAACCAUCGAUGUAGUUUAUCCUCAGAAACAAUGGUUCAGUUCCACGCAUUCAGCUCCCACCACAACUAUUACAACCCAAUUUCAAAGUUUUGCUGCCAAAAGUUCUAAUUUUUAUGAUUAUCAGACACACUACAGAAUUGGGAUUAAUUCAUGAAUACGCAUGGAUUGUUUCGUUCUUUAACACCAGAGACUCUUCUUUUUUUCCCUCACUUUUCUUCUAGAUCAUUCUUCAUUCUUCAAAAGCAAGCAAAUUUGUCAAUACCCAGUUUUAGAUAUUGCCAAGGUGGUGGCUUUGGCUUUAGUCCAAGACCAUUUGCACCAGUUCUUUUCAGGUAUUAUAAAAAAAGAAACAGUCGUACCCUUUUGAGAGCGAGCUGGAGAGAGUCUCCUUAUGAAGUUUUGGGUGUCUCUCCUUCUGCAACUUCGGAUGAAAUCAAAAGGGCUUAUAGGAAACUUGCUUUGAAGUAUCAUCCUGAUGUCAACAAAGAGGCAAAUGCACAAGAGAAAUUUAUGAGGAUUAAGCAUGCAUAUAAUACAUUACUAAACUCUGAAUCUCGGAGAAGAUACAACCCUGGAAACCGAACAUCUGAUUUUUCAUACUCAGGAACUCAACAAAGCCAAAGCCCGAAUACCCAAGAGGAAGAAUUCUAUGGAUUUGGUAAUUUUUUGAGGGAUGUUCAAAUUACGCUAGAGGACUUCUUUAGAGACCUUCAAGAAGAAUUUCAGAAUUGGGAAGCAAGUGCAUCUUCGCAAGAAAAGCCGAAAAGCUUGUGGGAGGAAUUAGCGGCUAUCGGAGAGGAAUUUGUUGAAUUUCUGGAGAAAGAGCUCAACAUAUCUGAUGAUGAAUUCGAAGAAAACAACAGAAACGACUUCAGUAAUUCUGAGAAAACAGGAAGCAGUUUUCGAAAUGAAGCUAACAAGGGUAGCAGCAUCGAGGAGAACAUUGAUGAAAUAGAAGCUACUCUUGCUAAAUUGAAAAAGGAGCUAGGGUUAUAACAAAGGAAAUGCAGCUUUUAUAUGGCCUUGACAAAAAGUCGAGCUGUUUUGUGAGCUUACCAUGCUGGAAAGUGAAUUGCAAUAACAUUUCCGAAGUUCACAUGCAAAAGAAACAUCUAUGUACGAUUUAGAAGCUCCAGGAAAGGGGAAGGUACUUCCAUACCUACUUUUUCAGAAUUGUAUAAAAAGGCUUUUUCUCUGACUUUUACUUGUUAAUUCCUUUUUUUCAACCAUUUCCAUUUCUUGAUAAACUGGUAGCAUAUAGCAGCAUAGUGAUUGACCAUUGUAUGCCAUGGUUUGUUCCUAGCCACAAUUUAGUAGUGUGAUUAUUUGUAAUCCAAAAACAAAAUACGUAUUCUUAUUGAUUGAUAAUCUAAAAAGCAAAUUAAACCA